AUGGCUUCUCAGCUAUUCUAUGAUUAUCCUGUCUUGAAACCCGUUGAAAAACUAAAGAAUGUCCUUCAACAAGCGCUGAAAGCAGCGAAAGAUCCAGUUCAAACGGUCCGCAAAAUUUCGUGUUUGUCUCAUUUGUCGCCUACAGACCUUGAUCGUCAUGUCUGCCAAUACGUUUUUUGUGCUAUGAAAAGUCAUGCGCUAGAGGGUUGUCUUCCUCCUAUUUCUUCAAUGGUUCUGAAUACUGAGGAGUCCGUAGUUAUCGAAGAGCAACCGCUAAGCUUACGAGGUGGUCAGUCUUUGCUACAAUCAAUAAAUGAAUUGGAGAAACCUCUUGGCGAACAAAGCUCUGUUUUUAAAACUGGAGAUGAUUCGUCCAGAUUCGCUUUAAUCGCGUUGGAGUCAGAUUCGAAAGGUUUUGGUUUCAACAUAGUUGGUGGAAAGGAUAGUCCUCAUAUCCCAGGGCACAGUGGGAUUUUCGUUUCUGUCAUAAAGCAAGACGGACCCGCAUACAAUGAUGGGAGAAUCUCUGUUGGUGACCUUAUACUGUCUAUUAAUGGAAUCGAUCUUGUAAAUAAAACUCACGACGAAGCAGUAGCAGUUUUUCGUUCACAAGCAGGAUCUAAUGCUCAGCUACUCGUUGAAAUCGGAGCAGAAAACAGAAUACUGAAUGAGAAAUUCACUGCUGAUACACAUAUAUGUGCAGGAAAAUCACCGAUUUAUGGGGAUUCGAAACAACUAACUUCUGGUUCACAAACUCCUAUAAUUUCUUACGGAUCUACUCAGUCAACACCAUCACCGCGAGUUGAAUCAAAAGGUCAGGAGGAAGAUGACGAGUCAGUUUCCAGCUGCGCACCCUCUGUACAUUCGUAUUUGGAUGAUGUACCACGGACACCAAAGAGACCAAUGAGCUAUUUGGAUCCAAGGAACCCAUCUUUAGUAACGGAAGUUCUCUACGUAUCGAUUGGUUUGGCGGUUAUUUCUCUAGGAAUCUACAUCGGGUAUCGCAUCGUUCGAAGGAGAUGA